AUGGUCCUCAAUUGGCUAAUGCUUCUGGUGAUGGCUCUGCCCAUAGUCAUGACAGGCACCAAGGACCGUAUUUUCUAUGAUCUGACGGAGUCCUUGACCUGUCCUGGCAUCAACAAAGGCUGCAUGCUGUCCACUCCCUAUGAGUACAUUGGAGAGCUUGUCGCCUACCAACUAAUCUCCAUCUGCCAUUAUGGUGAACUGUGUAAGAGGGCCCCAACCCCUGCAGAUCGCCUGAAGGCUGGGAUCACCACAGGCCAGAUGCUGCGUGUGCUGCUGCUACUUCAAUGA